AGGGAACGGCUGAGGGAAAAGCAGGGGGCUGCAGGCACGGCAGCACCACCGUGAGCUGGAGGAGAUGCGGCGGGAGCCGGGCCGCGAGUGACGGCAGCCGGGGGCAGUGGAGGGACGCAGCGCCAUGUCCCUGGGCAGUGACAGCGGCCCCGGCAUCGUGCACAGCCUGCUGUGCCACCGGCAGGGAGGGGACAGCGAGGCCUUCGCCCGCCGCGCCAUCCAGAGCCUGCUCAGGAAGCUGAAGGAGAAGAGGGACGAGCUGGACGCGCUCGUGGCCGCUGUCACCUCUGGAGGAGCCCAGCCCGGCCAGUGUGUCACCGUGCAGCGCACCCUGGACGGGCGGCUCCAGGUGGCCGGCAGGAAGGGGUUCCCCCACGUCAUCUACGCCCGGCUCUGGCGCUGGCCCGACCUGCACAAGAACGAGCUGAAACCCGUCCAAUUCUGCCAAUUCGCCUUCGACCUCAAGUGCGACAGCGUCUGUGUCAACCCCUACCACUACGAGCGCGUGGGGACCCCCGACAGCGGUCUGAGCAUCCAGAGCACAGUGCCCCCCCCGCGCCCGGUGAAGGAGGAGUUUGUCCAUGACUGUGUGCAGAUGGAGCUGCCGGCCCGUCGGGAGCCGGGGGCCGAGCCCCCCACCCGGCCCCACCGAGCGCUGCCCCCCCGGCGGCCCCCUGAGCCCCCCCGUGUGCCCCGGACCUACCCUGCGCUCCCCAUGGUGCCCCAAGUGACCCCCCAGGACCCCUUGGCCCACCCCGAGGGCCCCCCAGCACAGCCCCCCCCGCAGAACGGGUACCCCAAACCACCCCACCACAGUUCACCGCUGAGCUGGACCAGUGCCACCAUCUACACCCCAAGUUUGGGGGGGUCGCAGGCCCCCCCACUACAACAUCCCAGCAGCCAGAGCCACCCCCAGCCCCCCCAGCACCACCCCAACCACUGCUGGCCCCCCGUGCUCCAGCCCCCCAUGUCCACCCACCCUGGCCCGGAAUUCUGGUGCUCCAUUGCCUACUUCGAGCAGGAUGUGCAGGUGGGGGAGAUCUUCAAGGUGCCCUCGAGCUGCCCCUCCGUGGUGGUGGACGGCUACGUGGACCCCUCGGGGGGUGCCCGCUUCUGCCUGGGGCAGCUCUCCAACGUGCAGCGCUGCGCGGCCAGCGAGAGGGCACGGCUGCACAUCGGGAAGGGCGUGCAGCUGGAGCGGCGAGGAGAGGGAGACGUGUGGAUGCGCUGCCGCAGCGACCACGCCGUGUUCGUGCAGAGCUUCUACCUGGACAGGGAGGCGGGCAGAGCCCCCGGGGAUGCUGUGCACAAGGUGUACCCCGGAGCACACAUCAAGGUAUUUGACCUGCGCCAGUGCCACCGGCAGAUGCAGCAGCAGGCGGCCACUGCCCAGGCUGCAGCCACUGCCCAGGCCGCCGCUGUGGCCGGCAGCCUCCCUGGGCCUGGCUCGGUGGGUGGCAUUGCCCCGGCCAUCGGGCUGUCGGUGGCCGCGGGGCUCGGCGUGGACGACCUGCGGCGCCUGUGCCUCGUUAGGCUGAGCUUCGUCAAGGGCUGGGGGCCUGACUACCCCCGGGCCAGCAUCACCUGCACGCCCUGCUGGAUCGAGGUGCACCUGCACCGUGCCCUGCAGCUGCUCGACCACGUCCUGCACGCCCUGCCCGAUGCCCACGCCUGACUCCAGGAAGGAGCGGCCAAAAAAGAGGAAAAAAAAAAAGGCAAAAAAGAAAAAAUGAAGCAAAAUGACCAAAAAUGUGUUGGUUUAACGGUUAUUUAAUGGAUGGGUGUUUGUGGCCUGGGUGUGGUGCGGCCCUCAGCGCUGAUUUUCACCUCCUGCUUUAACUUUUGUAUGAAAAUAAACAAACAAAAAAAAAAAUUUAAAAGCCGAAACAACAAGG